AAACGUGUUCCGGCCGGUCGUUACGUACGCGCGAGUAUGAUUGCACACGUGUACACGACGGCAACAAGUUCAAUUUCAUUAAAAAUUACGACGUCAACGGGUAAACUCCUUCAACAGUUCGUUGUCCCCCGACACGAUCGUCUGCAUCGAUAUCUUUAAUGUGUCCGAUUCAACCACGUCAGUAGAACAGAAGUGUUAAUAAUUUCUUAACGUCCUAAGCGCGUAAUUGACAAACAACUAGUUUGCACAAUAAUAAUUUGUUCGUUCUUGUUUCACUAUGGAAAACAAAGGAAACACCGAUAUCCAAUUUUUAAGUAUACUUCAUCAAGAAAGUAUCUUAAAGUCAAUUGAUAAAGAUGCUUGGUAUUAUAAUAUGAAUCAUAAGAAUCGUGGAAAAGCUAUAAUCUUUAAUCAUGAAAAAUUUGAAAUAGGAAAUUUUCAAUCUAGAGCUGGUAGUAGAUUGGAUUGUUUUAAUUUAGAAUCAUCCUUGCAGAAACUUGGCUUUGAUGUUACUCCUUAUGUGGAUUUAACAUUGGACCAAUUAGAUAAAACUCUUGAUUACUGGGCUAAAGAAGACCACUCUCAAUAUGAUUGUUUGUUGAUGGUAAUAUUGUCUCAUGGUGAUAAAGGUAUUAUUUAUGCUAAAGAUGGAGUUUAUAAACCAGAAGAUAAACUUUGGGAACGAUUCACUGAUGAUAAGUGUCCAACAUUAGUUGGUAAACCAAAGUUAUUUUUUAUUCAGGCUUGCCAAGGGGACCGAUUUGAUAGAGGAGUAACUUUAAGAACUCAGGUAGACGGCAGUUCUUCAUUCAUGAUACCAAUGAAUGUUGAUUUUCUUGUUGUUUUUGGUUCAGUUCCUGGUUUUUAUUCAUGGCGUAAUGUUCUUAAAGGAUCUUGGCUUAUACAAGCUCUUUGUAAUGCUUUUGAUAAAUAUGGCUUUACACUAGAUCUAUUAACUUUAUUAACUUAUGUAAAUCGUCAGGUGGCUAUUGAAUUUGAAUCUAGUGUUCCUAAUGAUGUUUCUAAAAACAAAAUGAAAGAAACUAUUUUUAUUAUUUCUAAGUUGACUAAAUUGGUGAAAUUUGAAAAAAAAUAA